UAUAUUUUCAACAACUAGAAUUAACAAUUAACAAAUUCUAAAAAAGAGCUCAACUCAAGCACCUGAGCAUAAUGGCUACGCAGAAUUCGUCAAAAGAGUGCAUUGCUCACAAGAUGUGCUAAUUAGCGAAAGCGCAACGCCAAGAAAAGUGGAGUGAAAAAUCCAGUGUGUGUGUGUGUUUGUGUAAAAAAGUGCGCGUGUGGGGAGAAGAGGAAAACACUGAAAAACAGCGGCACGCUUGUAAACAAUUUUGCGAAUCCAAAGAUUAUGAAUAUCGCGGCCCACUAAUCGCCAGCAAAAUGUCGGAAGCCUUCGACGAGGAACUGUUCGAGACACGCCUUGAAGCGCUGAAGGACACGCAGGAGGGCAUACAGCAGAUGUCCAACUGGUGCUUGCAGCACCGCUCCAACCACAAGAAGAUCAUCCAAUGCUGGCUAAAUGUCUUCAAAAAGGUUCGCGUGGAACACCGUCUGGUGCUAUUCUAUUUGGCCAACGAUGUCAUCCAGUACAGCAAGCGCAAGCGCUACGAGUUCGUCGAGUGCUGGGCCACCGCGCUCCAGAGAGCCACCACCAUGGUGCGUGACGAACGCGUCAAGGACAAAAUCCUGCGCAUUUUCAAGAUCUGGGAGCAGCGCGAGAUCUACAACGAGGAGUACUUGAGCGACCUGAGCGGCUUGCUCAACAUAGCGCCGCCCAAAAAGUCCCAGAUCGAUGUCAGUGACGAGUUCCAGAACGCCACACUAAUUGCACAGAUGCGGGAGUGCGUCGAAUUGGCCGAGUCCACGGACAAAAGCAUGAAGAAGCUUCCGAAGCCGCCUACAUUCGAAAUCGAGGUGAUCAAGCAGCAGCUCAAGGACAAGAGCCACUCCGGAGACAUUGAGAAGGAGGUAGAACGGUGCGUGGCCUUCAUAAAUGCUUACAACAAGAACCUGCAGAACGAGAUUAAGAGCCGGAAGGCGGUUUUGGCAAGCCUGGAAGCUGCUAAGAAAUUUUACGAGCACCAGGGCAAGGAGGUCAAAGUAGUGGCCAGUGCCUACAAAAGUUUUGGAACGCGCAUUAAGAUCGUAAAGCGAAAGCUAGACGAGACCAUACCCACUCUGGCCAGUCCCAUACCCUCCCCGGAUAUUAAUGCACCCUCCCCAGAACGAGACGCCGACCUGCAGCUGCCUGAAGAGAAUAACACGCCGCUGGGCAUGAACCUCUUUGGCGGUGGCUUAAAUGGCUUCUCCAGCUACCUAGACGGUGGCAAGCUGCCCUUUGACAUCAAUGACUUCAAGCGGGACUCGAAGGAUAGGGGCAGCGCCAUAGAAGUGAUCGGCUCGCGUUCGGAUGACGAAGGCUAUGUGCCAAGUGCCAAUUUCUACAAACCGGAGCCCAUUUCCAGCUCCAAUAGUAACGCCAUACCUGGCCUCGGUGGUGGUGGAGGAUCCGCUGAAUAUACCCCCAAUCAGCCCCUCUUCAGCUCUAGUAGCAACCAAGAGCAAUAUGUUCCGCCGCUGCCAUCGCAUGUCUACGGCGGCAGUGGAAGUGUCGGCGGAGGAAGUGGCGUUUCGGAUGGUCAGUACACGCCGACGCCGAUGCCCCCGCCCCCAUUGCCACCAGCUACGGGCUCUGCGGAUGAUUUCAACAGCACGUGGAACAUGAGCAUGUCGUGGACGCCGCUGGACUCUAGCCUAAAUAGCAGCGGAGCUAGCUCCUCAUCGUAUCCAGCAAAUCCAUCCACCCCCCACUCGCCGCCACAUUUCGAGAGAAAGUGCAGUGCCGCAUCUGCACCCAUUGAGUACAAUGAGCAUCUGCCCGCUGGGCUGGGGGCCGAGGAUGUGGACCAUCGCACCUUACAGUUGCCGCCGGCCUUUGAUUUUGGUUCGGCCAAGUUGGGUCUUAGCAAGGACAAGUCCCGGCAGCUGGCGGAUAUUGAUCACAGGAACUUGAUAUCGCUUACAGGAUCGCCUGGCCGAGCGGAAAAGGACUUUGCUGGCGGUGAUAUGGACUAUCGGAUUGUCCCAAAUCCAAAUGCCAAAAUGGCUCCGCCUGGCAAUGGGAGCUAUGCCAAGGGCAAGACCAGUUCGCCGCUUAAAUCGAAUGCCACAGGCUCCUCAUCCGAAUCGGAUCGAGUGGAUGGCGCUGCCCGAUAUGAUCCCGCUGAUAUGGUCAUCGAUAUGGACAUGUCAGACGACGAUAUCGAUGAGUCACUGAGAGAUUCAAAGGAUAAUCAGGAGGAGGCUGAUGCGGACAUCAAUGGAACAACAAAUCCUUCGCGUCCUGUUUUGCUGGAGACGCCGCAGGACUUCCUGAAUCCUUGGGAGACGACUGGCAACAAUAGCUUCUUGCAGGACGAUGAGGACACCGAACAGCAGCAGCGACAGCAUCACCAGCAGGAGCUUCAUCUUCAAGAGCAGGAGCACCACCUUCAGGAACAUCAUCUUCAGGAGCAAGAUCAUCAUCCGCAUCUCCAACAGCAGCAGCCCUGGAAUCAAAUGCCUCCCAUGCAUAUGGCUGGCAGUGCUCCUCCUCCGCCGCGACCUCCCUUUGGCUCACCCUUCUCACCGUUCCAACGCUUUCCGGGACCACCUAUGAUGAACAACAGUCCCGAUGGAAUGCCACCGCGUGGAGGUGGGCGUGGUGGCCGUGGACGGGGCUGGGGUGGGCCGGGACCAUUUAGGCCGCCAUUUCAACGGAUGCCGGGUUCAGGAUUCGAUGGCGGACCAAGACCUUUUUUCCCCCGAGGGGGUCCGAUGAGAGGACGGGGGCCCAGGCGCGGUAAAGCGUGGAUGAUGUAAUAACAUAUUCUUCAAAAAAUAAGAGAGGAGGGCCCAAAUCUCUCGGUUUUAGUUUUUAGUGUUCAGCUUAUCUCAGCUUUGAUUUAAACAUUUAAGAAAAAGUUCAUUUUACAGGACCACACACUCAGACACAUUACACUUUUAGGCUUCUCUUUUUUACGGACGCAACGUUAGCCGAUUUUAGAUUUUAAUUUUUUUCCUCUGCAAAUUGUAUAAAAGUUUAUUAAUUUAUCAUAUUUUAAACUUAGUAAACAGCAAUAUAUAAAACUA